GUUAUCGUGGUGUCGUCGCGCGGCGGAGCAGCUCAAUGACAAAAGGACUGCUCGCGCAGUGAUUCGCCGUUUAGUCGCAAUUCCGCCGUUCUUUCCGACGUGUCGUUGAUUCCUUAGAAAAGUACGGCUCGUUUCUCCCUCUGUUUCUUAUAAGCGGGAGUAAUUCCGGCCUGCGCGCCACCCGCGAUUUCAUAUCGAUAUUAAUUGCGCUCAAAGCAGGUGCGAUCUCCAGUUUCUUCUGGGACCGGGCCCACCGGAAGCUCCUUCACAAUGACGGAGCUCAACAAGCUUCUGUUAUCCGUCGGGGCCGUGCUACUGGGAGGUUUCCUCUUCACUGGAAAUCGACGAAGAAUGCUUUAUGUACUCUACAAAACUCUCCCCAGGGAUAUUCUAGGUUCGUUCAGGUUUUUGCGGGUCAACAUUCUGCUCUGGUGGUGGGAAUCUCGGGGGUUCACCGUCGCCGAGGUUUUCGCGCGGUUAGCUGCCGCGCACCCUGACCACGCCGCAUUCAUUUUCGAAGACAAGGAAUGGACCUACCAACAGCUCGAGGAGUUCAGCAAUCGGGUGGCGCGGUUUUUCCGUUCCAGAGAGGGAUUGGCCCGUGGUGAUAGCAUCGCUUUGAUAAUGGACAGCCGACCCGAGUACGUAGGUUUCUGGCUCGGACUGAGCAAAGUGGGCCUCGUUGCUGCUCUCGUCAACACGAAUUUGCGUCACGAGGUCCUGAUCCACAGCAUCCGGGCAGCCAACUGUAAGGCAGUGAUCUUUGGCUCGGAGCUUGCGGACGCCGUCAAUGAUGUGAAGGAUGAGAUUUCCGGGCUGACGCUUUAUCGGUGGCCGGAUGUUCCUAGUUCGGCGCGGACGACCUUGCCGGUGUCGGUCGAUCUUAGUGUAGAAUUUGCCAAAAUCUCCGGCGACAAGCUCUCCGCUGAUGGAACAGAGGUCAAAUGUAGUCCCCGGGACAAGCUGAUAUAUAUUUACACCUCCGGUACAACUGGAAUGCCAAAAGCCGCCGUUAUCACGAACCUCAGGUACAUGUUGAUGUCCUGUGGCGUCCAUUCGAUGCUUGGACUCCGGACGACGGAUCGCAUUUACGACGCCCUUCCGCUUUAUCAUACAGCUGGUGGUAUCGUCGGUGCGGGUCAGGCUCUUUUGCGUGGAAUCACCGUCGUUCUUCGCCGUCGCUUCAGCGCUUCCAAAUUCUGGCCUGACUGUGCGCACUACGAGUGCACGGUGGCGCAGUACAUAGGAGAAAUAUGCCGCUAUCUGCUAGCCAUUCCUCCGAGUUCUACGGACACUUCCCAUUCGGUACGGCUCAUGUUUGGCAACGGACUUAAGGCCCAAAUAUGGGGGCCGUUUGUAGAGAGAUUUCGCGUCAAACAGAUAGGAGAGUUUUACGGCGCCACGGAAGGAAACUCGAAUCUUGUCAAUAUUGACAGCCGCGUCGGUUCGGUGGGUUUCGUGCCCAGAUACGCUGGAGCACUUUAUCCCGUUGCGCUGCUUCGAGUGGACGAGGAAACUGGCGAGCCACUACGCGGUCCCGACGGCUUCUGCAUCCCGUGUCAGCCAGGCGAGGCAGGGGUCUUCGUCGGUAAGAUAAACCCGAAAAAGGCGGUGAAUGACUUCAGUGGUUACGUUGACAAGAAGGCUUCCGAGAAGAAGAUCAUUCUCGAUGUGUUCAAGAAAGGUGAUCGAGUAUUCAAUUCAGGUGAUAUUUUGGUGAUGGAUGACUUUGGCUAUUUCUACUUCAAAGACAGAACUGGAGAUACUUUCAGAUGGCGUGGAGAAAAUGUCGCGACGUCGGAGGUUGAGGCCGUUAUCAGUAACGUGGUUGGUCUGAGGGACGCCGCCGUCUAUGGCGUCGAGGUACCUGGGACCGAGGGUAAAGCUGGAAUGGCCGCCAUCUAUGACCCUGAGCGUUCGCUGAACCUUAACAAGUUUGCAGAAGCCGUGAAACACGCCUUGCCGGCCUAUGCACGACCCCUCUUCAUCCGCAUUCUAACCGAGUUUUCAAUAACGGGGACUUUCAAGAUAAAGAAGAGGGACUUGCAGCUCGAGGCUUUCAAUGUUAGAAAGAUCAACGAUCCCGUAUACUUUUUGGACAAAACUGGAUUCUACGUUAGGCUUACAGAGCAGCUUUACACCGAUAUCGUCGAGCAAAGAGUUCGAUUAUAGGUAGGAUCUCGUUGACUCUUUCAAUCAAGGACAUAUCAGUCGACGAUCAUUUUUCGGUGCAUGAAUACAAGUCAAAAGUUACCAGUUAUACUUUCUCGAGUUUUUUUUUUACGAACUGGUUCUAUAGUGUCACUUGUCUGUCCCUGGUGGCAGUCAAAUAGUGUUCAGUAAGGAAUUUUUGAAUCGAGUACUAUUAGAUUAAAUUUCAUUUCUUCUCAUUCAAAACCUUACAAAAGAAAUCUAUAUCUUCAGCCAAGUGGCAUUCGGCACUAAACUUGAGAAUGUAUACGAGCCAUUUCGAUACGUUAACACUGCUUCAUAUCAUUUAGUCCGUACUUUGCAUACUGCGUGGUAUGUUUAUUCAACACAUUAGUAGGUACACCAUUGUGGCCUUUCACGUCACGCUACACGUUCCAUUGUAUUUUCUAUUUUAUAUGUAUAUAUUUGACGUGUUCAAUAUAAAACCUCGCACGUUACGUUGUAUUUCUUGUUAUAGGUUAGAUAGGUUAAGUAAUGCUAAGUUAGAUUGGCUUAGGGACAGAGUCUCUCGGGUCACAUUACGUGUUCAGCGAUUGUGUCAGCCGUCUUGUGUCUUUGUCAAACGUAGGGAUAUUGUUGACUGGCUCUGUCGUUUUUCUUGAUGUUAGACUUUCGUUCUGUCUGGUAGCGCAAAUUAUUUCAUUACCAGUAGAGAUGGUGCUGAGUUUUUUCGGGAGUGGGCGGGCUCCCUUUUGGAUCAUCGUGUAUGUUGAAUUCUACUCUAACGUGAAUAUAUAGUACCUAUAGCUAUCAUGCGUACAUAGCUUGUGUAUUUAGGCUGAAACAUUAUACAGUCCGGAGGAACUGUAAAUUGUGCACACAUUUUGAUGAUGUCUAUUGGUCCAGCUUGCUUGGAAACAAUUUUAUACAAACACAUAUAAAGCAAAGAACAAUAUGUCUGAUUUUUGUCACUUGUUGACGGAUUAUAUACCAUACUAUACGUAUAUGUAAUUAUAUUGUAAUAUAGAUUAUGAUAGUACACAUAGGAUCUGUUGUAUAUCUGUACAAGCAAAGAUUUAAGUUAUUCCUAUAAUUGUUUAAAAUCUCAUGUUGCAUUCUGUUUGUAGCGAAUAAAACUAUUGGAAAUUUCAAAA